UCUCCCGGGCCGCGCUGCGGAGAGGGUGCCUUCGCUGCUUGCUGACCUUUCACCCUAAGAUGGCGGCGCCCGUCGGUCCGUUGAAGUUUUGGAAACCGGGCACUGAAGGACCUGGUGUCAGCCUCUCAGAGGAGAGACAGAGUGCUUCUGAAAGCUCUAGUGUUUCAGUCAUCUAUAACCCCUAUGCUUCCCUUUCUAUUGAGCAACAGAGGCAAAAGUUACCAGUUUUUAAGCUUAGGAAUCACAUACUUUAUUUAGUGGAGAACUAUCAAACACUGGUGAUUGUUGGAGAAACAGGAUGUGGGAAAAGCACUCAGAUUCCUCAAUAUCUAACAGAAGCUGGCUGGACUGCCGAAGGGAGAGUGGUUGGUGUAACACAGCCUCGCAGAGUUGCCUGUGUUUCAAUUGCAGGUCGGGUAGCUGAGGAGAGGGGUGCCCUCUUGGGUCAUGAAGUUGGAUACUGCAUACGAUUUGAUGAUUGCACUGACUCGCAGGCUACAAGAAUUAAGUUCCUGACUGAUGGAAUGCUGGUGAGGGAAAUGAUGGCUGAUCCGUUAUUAACAAGAUACAGUGUCAUCAUGUUGGAUGAAGCUCAUGAAAGAACCCUAUAUACAGACAUUGCCAUUGGCUUGUUAAAAAAGGUCCAAAAGAAGAGAGGUGAUCUCCGUCUGAUUGUAGCAUCUGCUACGCUGGAUGCAGAGAAAUUUAGGGAUUUCUUUAACCAAAACGAGACCAGUGACCCAAGCAAAGAUACCAGCAUGAUCCUUACUGUGGAAGGGAGAACAUUUCCAGUGGAUGUCUUCUACAUUCAGAGGCGCGGACUUCAGUGGAGGAGGGCUUCGGGAACCUUCCCCCGUCCCCUUCUGCACCGGCCAGCUGGAGCAGACUUCAGACGAGUGCUACGGGGACUCGGUGGAAUCUUCAUGCUUUUCCUCCCCUGGAAUCUUAGUCCUUCCCUUCCCCCUCCACAGAAGGCAUAUGGGCAAACCUGGCAGCACCUUCAUGCCCUCUCUCCUCCUCCACAGAAGGAGAUGGACAGCCCCGUUCCAGAUUAUGUGAAAUCAACUGUGGAAACUGUCAUGAAAAUUCAUCAGACUGAAGGUGAUGGGGAUAUACUGGCAUUUUUAACUGGCCAGGAGGAAGUAGAAACGGUUGUUUCUAUGCUUGUAGAACAGGCUCGGAUCUUUGCUCGCACAGGAAUGAAGAAACACCUCCGUGUUCUCCCUAUGUAUGCUGGGUUGCCUGCUUCUGAGCAGAUGAAAGUGUUUGAGAGGGUGUCUCACAAUGUCAGAAAGGUGAUAGUAGCCACCAAUAUUGCAGAAACCUCCAUUACAAUUAAUGGCAUUUCAUUUGUAAUUGAUUGUGGCUUUGUGAAACUCCGUGCCUAUAAUCCAAAAACAGCCAUUGAAUGCCUGGUGGUUGUUCCCGUAUCAAAGGCAUCGGCAAAUCAGAGAGCAGGGCGUGCAGGUCGAAACCGCUCUGGAAAAUGCUACAGACUUUAUACAGAGGAAGACUUUGAGAAGUUGCCACAGUCUACCAUUCCUGAGAUGCAGCGCAGUAACUUGGCACCAGUCAUCUUACAGCUCAAGGCCUUGGGAAUUGACAAUGUGCUUAGGUUUCCCUUCCUCUCACCUCCACCUGCUCAGUCGAUGGUACAAGCUUUGGAGCUGCUCUAUGCUUUAGGAGGACUUGACAAAUAUUGUCGUCUUACGGAACCUCUUGGUAUCAGAAUAGCAGAGUUCCCUUUGAAUCCAAUGUUUGCAAAGAUGCUUCUAGAAUCAGGGAAUUUUGGCUGCUCCCAGGAAAUCCUGAGUAUUGCAGCCAUGAUGCAGAUCCAGAAUAUCUUUGCGAUUCCGCCAAACCAAAAGUCACAAGCGGUCAGAGAACACAGAAAAUUUGCUGUGGAGGAGGGUGAUCAUCUUACUAUGCUUAAUGUCUAUGAAGCCUUUAUAAAACACAACAAGAGCUCUCAGUGGUGUCAGGAUCACUAUCUGAAUUACAAAGGCCUCAUCAGAGCCACAGCUGUGAGAGAGCAGCUGAAAAAACUUCUCGUCAAGUUCAAAGUACCAAAAAAGUCCAGUGAAGGUGAUCCAGACCCUGUUCUGAGGUGCAUAGUUUCUGGAUUCUUUGCUAACGCUGCCAGAUUCCAUUCUACUGGAGCAUACAGGACUAUUCGUGAUGACCAUGAACUGCAUAUUCAUCCCACCUCUGUGCUAUAUGCAGAGAAACCCCCUCGCUGGGUAGUCUACAAUGAAGUUAUACAGACCUCAAAGUAUUACAUGCGAGAUGUAACAGCCAUUGAAUCUGCUUGGCUAUUGGAACUGGCCCCUCACUUUUACCAGCAAGGAACGGUACGGGCUCGGCAUAGACUCCAAAUGCAUCUUUCCCUGAAAGCCAAAAGAGCUAAAGUAGAGGACCACUGACUCGCUGUGGCUGUUGAACUUCGCAACGUGUGUUGCUGAACCUACCGCCGAUUUGAAACUGUGCUACAGUCCAUCCGACAGUUAGUUGAUUAGCAACCUGACCCCACAUCAACUAUACAUGUUGAAAUGCCUGCCUGCCAGGAUCCUGUAGGGAUUUAUGCAUGACCAGUACAUUGUAACACUUGAGUAGAGCUUGCAUUGUGGACAUUUUUAUCCCGCCGUCUAAUUGUGACCGCUCCUGUUCACCAGGGCAUUUUGCUCCUUUUAAAACUAGGUAGAAAAAUUAACAGUACAAAAGGAGACACAGAAUUAUAGGAAAAAAUUGCAGUGCUUGGAUAGCCACACUAAGCCCUUGGGGUGGAGAGGGGAGGCGGGAGAUGCAGUGCCCUCAGAGUAAGGAAGUGGAGCUCAGGAUCCUUUAGACCACUGUGAAAGCUGCUUUCCAUCCUGGAUCUGCCUGCAAAUGGUAGGCAGAUCUGGGACCACAAGCAAAGCCUUGACGUACCUUAAUGGGUUGCAAUGAAAACCUCGAAACUGUGAUUGUGCCUAACUGCUGUGACCUUUUUUUGUUUUGCCACGAAGCAAUAGAAUUCUGAACUUUUACUGACUUUCCUUUCAUUUCUCCUUUGCACAUUUUGUUGUCGCUGUAGAUGGCCCUGCUUUUCAAAUGGGCGUCUCUAGUUUCGAUGCACACACAAUGUGUGAAUCUGCACCAGCCUUUCCAUGUCGUCCAAACUCUUUUCGGAAGCAGCUAAUUAGGCAGGAUAUAGGUUUUUGGAAACAAGAUUGGUACAAGUUCUUAGUUGCUUGCCUUUUUGUUUCGGAAUAAGAAUUAAGAAACCUGAGGCCCCAGCAAUAUCCAAGUGUUUGGGUUUUUUAAAAAACAACAACUGGUAUUGUAAAAACGGAGAAACCUCUGUGCAAGGUCUGUGGCCUUGCAAAGUGCUCCUUUUGGCUUAAGAUUUGCAAUCGCCAUCAGCCAGUCAUUGAACAACCAAAUGGUGGUGACUGCACACCAGUGAGGGCAGGAGGGACACUCCCUUGAAAGGGAAGUGUCUUCUCUACAGACAUACAGGUAGGAAGCUGAAGAGGUGCCCAGUCCUGGGAAGCAGGCCAGUGGUGGAACCCCUGACCUUGAACUAUGAGAGGCUCCACCGUAUGGUCCCAAUCACUUCUUGCACCACACAAGACAAGAGCUUUCCUUAUCCUGCUGCUAAUUCUGCUGCAGCAUAGGAAGGAAAGAUGCUUUGUGAAGAGAGGUGGGCCUUCUGUCCCUGGGUCUUCUUUCUUGAAUGCAGUUUACUGUGGGCCAGUUCAAUACAGGGAAACUCCCUCCCUCCCCCUUGCAUACAGAACAAGUGCAAGGAGAGAUUUCAUUCCCUGCACGUAAUGUAUAAAAUUGGCCCAUUUCCAAAUGAGAGCGGAGCUGGUGAAAUCCACUUGAUUCUGCCGCUUUUAGUCAGGUUUAACAAAUACCAAAAUGUGCUUCCAUGAACUUGGAAAACAUACGUAUAUUCCCUCCAACCCCAGUUCGUUUGUACUAAGACAUUCUACUCUUCGCAGCUGUUGGUUGGGGUUGCCGUCUUCAAAGAUGAUGGGCCGUCUGUGCAGCCAGCACUGGUUAAACUGUGCAUUGGCUGUUUUCCCACGUAAAUUCCCCUCCUCCUAACAACAGUAUAGUUUUGGAUAAGUAUAUCUUUAUUUUCGGAUAACAUUUAUUUUAGGAUGAUGUUUCUUUUUUAAAGAGCAUUGCUUUUGUUGAAUGCCUUGUUCUCUUUUUCAAUUUUUUUAAAUGUAUGUAAAUGAUGGCAAUUUUUACACAGAAUAAGGGUCUUCCUUGCACUGGAUGUGCAUUACAAGUCUCUUUCAGACCUUCCUUCCCAUUCUGCUCCCCACAAACCUGCAUAAAAGCUUGUUCUGUCAACCUGUGGCCUGCGCAAUGUCUUUGUACUGUAUAUAUGAGCAGCUCAACAAAAUAUUCAUUCCCACAUCUGGAUUUCUGAUGCAGUUGGUUUUCUGUGUAUCUCUCUCAGUAUGUGAGCUCUCUAGAGCUAGGGUUGCCUUUAUUUUUGUGUACUGUGUGGUGUCCAGAAUAUUGUUGAGGUUUGGUAAUGGGCGUUUGACUUACACUUAAGGCUGUUUUCCCUUUAAAGGAGCUUACAGAGACUUGGAUACAAAGAUGUGUAAAUGUUCAUGUUGCUUUAUCCUCUGAUAACACACACUAGAAAAAUAAAGCCGAGGAAUCAAGAAA